UUAAAAAAUAGUACGUUUCUAAAGUUUGUUGGUGCACCAGGGAAAAAAUGUUUUUCAACUUCAAAAAUGUUGUUUUACUGUUGCUCUUAGCAUUAUGUUUUGAUGUUGGAGUAGGGUUUACCACUGAGGAUAUGGAUACGGAUAUAAAGUACAUUAAAACCUGCAAUAGAACGUCUCCAAUCAGUAUGACAACAAUGAAUGAAGUCCUCAUUAACAAAAAACUAAGCGACCAAGAGUCGUCUCCCUUCAAAUGUUUCCUGCACUGUCUCUUCACAAAAUACGGCUGGAUGGACGAAGAAGGCGGAUUUUUGCUCCACGACAUCAAAAAAACUCUGGACGAAUCCGACGUGGAAAUAGCGAGUUUGGAGUUUAUUUUGUACGAGUGCACAGCCACCAAAUCGGUGGAUAAAUGCGAGAGAUCGUUUAUUUUCACUCAGUGUUUUUGGAAGAAAAUACAAGAGGAUCAACCUGUGGAAGAUCAAAUGUUUUACAACAUAGAAGAAAGAAAAUAACAUAUCAGUAUUAAA